AUGCUGAAGAAGCCAAUCAUGGCUAAAAACCCUCAAGACUCGAUUUCCUUCUCCAGAAGGUUUCUCAACCGGAAGAACAAACCCGCCGCCACCGGCCACUACCCUGACGGCGAAACAGAGCAAAAAAACCCCGAAAAAGGAAAAACUUUAAAAUGGGGAGAGAUCGUGAAGCCCCCGGCGCUGGAAAAGCAAUCAUCAAAGGCGAAAGCCCCAAGGAAGAAGAUAUUCGCUCCGGUUGCGGUGGGCAAGCUGCUGGGAAGGUUGAGGGAGCGGGCCCGAACCCAGUCCCCUUCUGGCCUGGUCGUGGGGACCCUGUUCGGGCUGCGGCGGGGGCACGUCCACUUGGCGAUCCAAGAGGGGUUCAAUCUGAGGCCGAGCUUCCUGGUGCAGCUGGCGACCCCGACGAGCGUGCUGGUGAAGGAGAUGGCGUCCGGGCUGGUGAGGAUCGCUCUGGAGUGCGAGCGGAGGCCUGAAAAGAAGGGGCCGAGGCUGGAGGAGGAGCCCGUGUGGAGGACCUACUGCAACGGGAAGAAGUUCGGGUUUGCGAUGAGGAGGGAGUGGGGGCCCGAGGAGCGGAAGGUACUUGACGCGAUCGGGCCUAUAUCGAUGGGGGCCGGGGUGCUGCCGGGGGAGAUAAUGUAUAUGAGGGCAAAGUUCGAGAGGGUUGUGGGGUCAAGGGACAGUGAGGCUUUCUACAUGAUGAAUCCAGACGGCAAUGGAGGCCCUGAAUUGAGCUUUUACUUGCUCCGACUUUAG